CUCCUCUUUACCCCGAAUCGCUUGCGAGUGCUAGCAACGACGGGGCAAACGAGGCUUUUGUAGCGAUUAAUUCAGGCCUCACCAACCUGAUCGAAGCCGGAGUCGCUCUCUGAGUGGCGUGCGCUGCUUCAUCAGCCGUUGCUUGUCACCGUGGAAUUCCUGAACUAAUCAAUGUACCAGGCCUUCAGAGAGAUUAACAAAUCUAGUUCACGAACGACAUGGCCCGAGGGGGAGGUCAUCCGACCCCGGCUGAUCAUCUCGAUCGCACCAGGGCGGCGCACAAGAAGAAAACGUACCAGACGGUGCUCGAGUCGGUCAUCGAUAAGAAGAAAAUCCUGAAUGCGAGCUGGACGUUCAAGAAACCUUCUCCGGAAGGCUACACCUACGUGCGCACCUCCCAAGAAACAUCCCGGAUCAUCAUCGCUUCCCAAGAACGAUGCCGUCUUCGAGGUCUUCCUGUCUACCAGUAUUCGAAUAGAACGGGGUCAAUGGCGAAGGCGCAAGCAAACCCUAAUAAGAUUGCUUUCUAUGCUACUCCGAUCGGGUACCAUUUGCCCACCGUAGUCAUCACCGAAGUAUGCGAGGACUUGGGCUACACCUGGAGUAUCGAUAGGACCGAUGAGUUGCAUCUUGAGUCUGGAGACCAUGGUCAUCGUACGGAUCCCAGUCAAGAAGCUACCAGGGAGGAAAUCAUGAGGGCGAUUCACCACCACGUCCCUAAGAUCCCUCCCACAGACGUGGACACAAUUAUCAAUCAUGCGUUCAAGAAGGGAGAGAAUAGGGUGGGCGAAGCCGGUAAUUUAUCGCUCAUCGAUCGAGUAAACCUUGCGGUGCAAGCUCAUAUCAGGCAUAUCUACACCGACUACGAUUAUUUAUUGAAGUCUAUCGGGUGGGAAGGAGCGCGCCAAGAAUCUGAAUCCCGCAUUGUUGAGCAGCUGAAGAAGUGGCGCAAUCUGGACGACAAUGGCGAGCCUGAGGAAGGUUUCCGAGAAGUGCUCGUUAUUGAAGAUGAUGAUGCUGAAUCUAGAGAAAACGAAGUCGAUCGCAGUGGCCUUUUAGCCAACACAGGUGGGCAUGGUCAUCAACAGUUGUUUCCAUCAAGUCGAGGAGGAGGAUUCCAUGGCUCACUCGCAACUGCUAUAUUCGAUCCUGGCCAUGCAAGUACUCGAGUGAAGCCCUUAACCCUACCAGCCAACUCUACUAUCUCGCUCAGUUCAUCGUACGCAUAUGAGAACAAGCCUCAAUACGAACACGGAUUUCGACCUGUUGUCAAUCCACAAUCAACUACCACGACAUUGGUACCUGUUGAGAGGAAGACUACUCAGCAAGUUCUUCUCCAUGAUGGUGUCCUAUAUAACCUUCAACCUGUUGAGCCCACCUAUAGUAGCUCAAGGACAACCACACGUACUAGUCGACUAGUUGAACAUAACUCUCACAGGGCACAGCUGGUUCCGCCUGUCAACGACAUAGGACGCUCCAUCCAAGGAGAAUACAAGCAACCUACACAGCAAGGUAAUUCGCUGCAUCGCGCUUCACCCCACAGAGCAGCGCCGUCAGCUAUCCCGAGACGUCUGUCAGAGCAGGAUAUCGUUCUUCCAUCCGUAGAACGUGAUAACGACAAUGUGUUACACCCAAUGCCAGCACCGGACAGCCGCCGAGACCGCGAUAUAGUGGAAGCCCGUAGUUUACGCACGAUCGCCCGGCGAUACAGUCCGGAUGACAUGAUUGACUUGACCAGUAGCCCGCGCCAAAAGGGAGGCAGAAGCGGAGCAAACGAGGAAAAUAUAUGGGUACAGUCUCGCCCGAAACCCCAUGAUGUUCUGCCCUUGUAUGCUCAUAGACCACCUCGUGAAUCGCCACGGCGUGGUCUACGGGGUGCUUAUUACGAAGAUGCAUCUAGAGACGUGCGCCCUGCUCACAUUCCUGAAUCGCAUAGGACUACUGAAUUUCGAUAUGCUCCAGUCGUUUCUCGUACUCGUCCAAUUGAAACGGGAGAGCUAUCUUCGCUCUCUUAUCCCGUUGUAGUGGAAACCGGACAUACUCGAAGCGGACAGCGAUUCACCCGCUACUAGCAUCUUAUUGAACGUCCUCCUAAUGUCCGGAAGUCAUUUCAGAUUCUCAGCGGCGUCAAUAGGAUGAUACCCCAUUUCCUUAUCGAGUAUGGGCACGGAAAAUACUCUAUUUUCUUUACUGGUGAUAUGACUACGGAAGAUACCCUAUUUCCUUUAGUGGCAUGACUAUAGAGGACAGCUUGUUUUCUGGAGUGGCAUUGACAUGGAAGAGACCCCAUUCCUCUGGUCUCUUCGGGCUUUGGGUCCCUUGUCUUUUCUUUUACGGUCUGUUCUUUUAUUUAUGAUGCCUGUCCUCUUUCCUCACGGGCAAAGCAUCAGGACAUCAAAAGUCAUUCAGCCCAUCUUUCCCACUCUUCACUGAACCCUUCUGGGGCCAGUACAAUAAUCCGAGGUCUGCGGAAUUAUUUGGUCUUCAUGUAUGAUAAUACCUUCAUAAAUCAAAAGUUCGC